AUGCCAAUUGGGGCGUCGCCGUAUAGGCUAGUUUAUGGGAAGGCAUGUCACUUGCCUGUUGAAGUUGAACACAAAGCAUAUUGGGCCAUUAAGAAGUUAAAUAUGGACCUUGAAGCCGCGGGCAAGAAAAGACUUUUGCAGUUGAAUGAGUUAGAUGAGUUCAGACUAAAGCUAUUUCCUGGGAAGUUAAAAUCGAGAUGGUCGGGCUCGUUUGAGGUAGUGAGAGUAACUCCUUAUGGUGCAAUUGAGCUGCGAGCUUUGAAUGGUGAAAGAAAACUUUUGGUGAAUGGACACAGAGUAAAGCAUUAUUGGGGAGGAAUAAUUGAUCGUGAGAAGACCAAGGUUGUACUCGCUGAUGAGUAA